AUCGCACUAAAAAAACAAAACACAAAUGUUUGAUUUUUUUUAUUUAUUAAAAUACAUUUUGAUCUAAUGUUAUCAGGAAGACCGUAUUGGACAUGCUAGACCAAACGUUGAUCAAGUCCACUGGCAUGGGUACUUGGAGGUCUACUUGAAAGGAAACUUGCACCACCCUCUUCCUUGAACUACCUCCCUCUUCAACCAUGGAAAUUAUCAUCCACGUUAACUUGCAUCUCAGACCCUACAACCAUAUGUCUUUCUGCUCAAUCAUCAUCCUACUCUUAAUGGUGUUUGCUUUCCCUUACAAUGUCCAAACAGAAACAACUUCUUUCAAUUUCACCGAAUUCACCCAGACUAUGUCCGAUAUCGUGUUCGAAGGAGACGCAACUGUAGUUAGUCGCGCAAUUAAACUAACUAAAUCCUUUGAUGAUUUGAAUUCUAAUGGCAGCAUUGGUCGUGCAACAUAUUUCAAAUCGAUCCAUCUCUGGGACAAAGACUCUGGCUUCAUCAGAAAAUGGACGUCUUGGUCUUUCGAAUGCAACCGAUGUGCAUCCAUUUGUUGCUGUGGAGUUUGAUACAGGAUAUAGUCCUAAUUGGGACCCGAGUGAUCGAGAGGAGCACAUAGGUAUUGAUGUCAACUCAUUUCUCUCUGCCAAACUCACAAACUGGACUUUCAAUGAUGUUGAAAAUGGGGGAAAAGUUCAAGCUUGGAUCGAAUAUAAUUCCCGUUCAAAGAAAUUAAGUGUUAAUGUAAGUAAUGGUUAUGAAGGAAAUCGCCAAGGGAAAUAUUCGUAUAACCUUGACCGCACUGUAGAUUUUAGAAAUUUUUUAUCGGACUAUGUUACUGUUGGCUUCUCAGCAGCCACUACCAUAGAUUUGUUUGAGGAGCAUGAGAUUUACUCUUGGGAAUUUAACUCAACCUUACAACUUGAUGAAAAGAAAAAGCCGACCCCUAAAGGUUGGCUAUGGGCUCUCUUGGGUACUAAUGGCGUAUGGAUUUUGGUUGCAGCGGUUCUGAGUUUGGUUUAUUUUGGCCACUGGAGGAAGAAGAAGAAAAGACAGCAGAAAGAAGGUAGCAGGCCAGUAUCGUUCACAGAAAAGAAAUUUGAGAACGAGACUGGACCGAGGAGUUUUUCAUACGAGGAACUAGUUGUUGCCACAAGCAACUUCGCCGAUGAUCGAAUUCUUGGUAAGGGAGGGUUUGGAAUGGUUUAUAUUGGUUUCUUGAGCAAUAUUGGAUCAUGUAUUGCUGUGAAAAAGAUAACUUCAGAAUCUGAACAGGGAUUGAAAGCUUAUGCAUCAGAAGUGAAAACCAUCAGCCGAUUAAGGCACAGGAACUUGGUCCAACUCCUUGGUUGGUGUCGGAAGGAUCAAGAACUUCACAUUGUGUACGAGUUCAUGACAAAUAAGAGCCUGGAUUUCCAUCUCUUUAACAAAACAGGCUUGUUGAGAUGGAAAAACAGGUAUGGAAUAGCUUUGGGCUUGGCCUCAGGAUUGCUUUACUUGCAUGAAGAAUGUGAGCAGUGUGUUCUGCAUCGCGAUAUUAAAUCAAGCAAUGUGUUGUUAGAUUCUAACUUCGACGCUAAGCUUGGUGAUUUUGGGCUGGCUAGACUUGUUGAACACGGCCAAGGUUCAUACACUACAAGAUUGAUGGGGACAGUCGGAUAUGUAUCUCCUGAGUAUUUAGAAAGCAGCAUGGCUACCAAGGAAUCAGAUGUUUACAGCUUUGGCGUAGUUGCAUUAGAAAUAGCAACCGGAAAGCCUGCUUUUAUGGAAGUUGAUGGAAAUAAUGGCAUGAAAUGUAAGGUGAAACUAGUGGAGUGGGUUUGGGAACAGUAUCGAACAGGAAAUAUUUUUGGUGCAGCAGAUCCACAAUUGAAUCGAGAUUAUGUCAAGGAAGAGAUGGAAUGUUUGGUUGUCGUUGGGCUUGCUUGUGCUCAUCCAAGCCACUGUCAUCGUCUAUCAAUCAGGGAAGCAAUCGAUGUGCUGAAGGCUAAAGCUGCAUUGCCCAUAUUGCCGUCAGAGAUACCUGUGCCACCAAAUACUGUAUCUAGUCAAGCCAACAUGAAUAUGUUUUCUGGAUCUUCAUCCCUUGGUGUUAGUGUCAACACUCAGUCAUCAUCUGCUGCAACUUCUUUCUAGUUAGGUUUUCAGAUGUGUAACGUACCAUAAAUGAUAAUUGUAAUAUAGUCGCUAUGCUUCUGUUUGAUCUUUUUACUUUUAAGGUUUAAAUGUUUGAAGUUUUGGUGAAUCAUGUAAUCACCAAAUUGUUUUUAAUUUGUAUCUGAGAGUUCGUAAUAUCAAAAAUUGUUUUCAAAAACUGUAGAAAGAAAAAAAAAAGUACUUAAUUAAUUAAAUUCAGUAAAAUUAAAAAUUUCCUUUUAUAUCUAAGCCCUCUGCGUAUAGAAAAACAAUCAGCAUAAUACCAUAUUAAUUAAUUAAAUUCAGUAAAAUUAAAAAUUCUCUUUUAUA